AUUGCGUAUAACACCUGGCAGGAGAUGAUACGCAGGUCCUUGAGUAUCACAGCAGUCUGUGGACUUCCAGGGGCUCGUGACUCAGGGGCUGCAACCACAGUACAUCAUGCUGAACCUCCUGUCACAAGGAUGCAAACAUCCAUGCCACCACCACCACCACCCUUCAAGCAACCGCAAGAACAGUAUGCUCCCAGUCAUGAGCAUGGUUGGAUGGCUUCAGUUGAGGACCCGGGAGUGAUGCCACCACCAUUGCUAUAUGACCCCUGGCAAGAUUCCUGGCCAGAGGAAUAUCCUUCCUUUGGCUUUGAGGGGGAGCCAAGACAGCCACAAAGGGUCCAUGUAUUUACCCCCCCAACACAAUCUCAUGGCAGUCAGGGAUUGUAUCCACACACAAUGUCACAGGAAGUUCCAAUUGGACAGGCAGAGUGGUCACACACUCGUCAUCAUUGGGACUAUCAACCAACCAUACGAGCUCCACCAUCCUCAGCAAUUGGACGAGCUCCACCAUUGGCAGAUGAAAAUAGAUCAGAUUCUACAGCUGCCCCACAUGAACCAGCAGUUGAAGCUGGCCCACCACCACAUGAACCAGCAGUUGAAGCUGGCCCACCACCACAUGAACCAGCAGUUGAAGCUGGCCCACCACCACAUGAACCAGCAGUUGAAGCUGGCCCACCACCACAUAAACCAGCAGUUGAAGCUGGCCAUGCACCUCAAGCAACAGCAGAUGCAGGUGACCCUGCCCCACAAGCACCUGCUCAAGAGCCUGUGGAUGCAUUGUAUUCACCCCUGGGUGAGGAAUACAUUGCACUCCAGAGGAAGUUCAUAACAAGCACGGAAAAAACAUACAAAGAGGCCAAGAGAGGUUCUUCAGGAACCAUGAAAGGUUCAGCAGGAGCCAAGAGAGGAGACAACAAUGUAGCAUAGAGCUACAGAGGGACAUGUCAGCAUCGUUAAGUGCAAGUGUUCAUAACCAAUCACAGAUGAUGCAAAUUCUGUCUGAUAUGCAGAUGAAA